AUGAGUGCCCCAGAAAAUUCAGACAAGAGCAAUGGGGUUGCAGUCAUGAAUGGCAACACUGAAGGGUAGGUAAACAACUGUUUUUUUUUUCAGUGUAGUUGUCCUGUUGACUUGAUCGACAUUGGAACAAAAAAGGCCUUUUUUUUUACGCUCUUGGGUUUCUUCUCUCAAUGGCCCCCGCAGCAUCUCUGCCAAAAACACCAACUGUGUCCUCAAUGGAGCUGCCACAAAAGUCGAGCUCAAUGCGACAUUAGAGGUAGAAAACCUGGAGUCUCAUCCUGAGGUGGAUGGAGCCACUGAGGAAAAUUCAGGUAAACAACUGAAUAUAUCUGGUGUGGAAUAUGACUAAAAAAAGAAACUUGUAAGAAGACAUUUUUUAUCACUGAACGCAUCAGGUUUAGACACAAACUGAAACCUGAAGAAAUUUACACAACAAGCAGUUAGGAAAAAGCAUCAAAAGUAUGCCUUUGAAAAGACUUUACAUGAAUCUGCCUCCCAUGAUGAUUAUUAGCACAUUUAUAAAGCCUCAUACAUGUAUAUUACAACCCUUAUGAUUAAUACAGCUUAUAGCUUUGUUUAUUACGCCCACAAAAUACAGCUUAGAAGUUCUUAUAGAUGUGUUAUGGGAACAUAUAAUCAUAAAUAAUCUCAUACAGUCAUACUUUAGCAUGAUGUGAAAAUUGAAGAAACAUUUUCUGAACUCUUUUUUUUUUAUGAUAUGUAGAAUAACCUCCAUAAACUAGUAAAAUGUGAGAGUUUGAAUGUGUUAUUUAACCCAGAGUUCAAAAGCUGUUUUUUUUUCACUAAGGUACAAUAAAGAAUAAACCUCCCCAACAAAAGGCAUUAUUUUUACUGCUUAUAACACAUCAUUAGCAUUGCUACAAGCUGUUAUAAAUGCUUGUAAACACUUCAAACUAUUAUUGAAAGCCUAAUAGCCAUUUAAAGGGGUGGAUAAGUGUGUUUAUGAUGCAUUAUAAGAGGUGGGGUCUGUGACGUGUUUCCCUGAUUUAUUUUAUAAUCUGAAAUCUUGUACCUCUGGAGUUAUCAAGAAACUAUUUCAAGUGAACCAGUCCAACAGGGCAGCACCACCUUAAGUUGAAGUAAUUUAUGUAGUGUGUUGAACAAGGCCUUAGAUAAACAAAGACAUGACAACAUUCAAAUGUCACUGAGACCCCAAAGCUGCUGCAUUAGCAUCUGUGCUAACAGCAUGAGAGGUGGUGUGCGCCAGAGGAGUUUGCGUGACCUGUUUAUUUAAACUGCGAGGUUGUACAAAAGUGACAUUUUAAAACCAAAAAAGUAACAAAAAGUUACAGUGAGUUUAUUUGAAUUUGGGGCCUCUUGGAUUUAAUUAACAUGUAAAGUGGGUGUGAAGAGGUUAGGGGCAGAACGGGUUCAUUAGCAUAAGCUCCUUCAGCAGGUUUUUCACCAUUAUCAAGUUUCCCUUCAAUUUCUGUCUCGAUUGUGUCACACAAAGAAGCAUCUCAGGAGAUUUUCCCCCUGAAAACAAGUUUAAAAGGCUGUUUCGAAGUACUCUUGCUGUUGUUGUGCUUCCAAGACGAGUCAGGAGGUUCUGACAAACCAGUCCUUAAACUAAUUCUGACAUCAUCCGCACACACGUCGUCUGCAGCAGCAUUCUGGAGACGCUGAGGGCGUUUCUUAACCUUAAAUUGCACCAGCAGAUAAGUGCAGUCAUUAAAGUUGGUGAAAACACGAGUCAAGGCACAGAAUCUAUCUCAAAUCUAAAAAGUAAUGUGAAGACUGCUUUGCUUUAUUCAGGGAGAUUUUUUUAUUGUCUGUUUGUUGUCUGUAGGUUUUCUUUUUCAUCUUGGUAUUUAAGGCUCUUAAAAAGUCUGACAUUUAAAAGGAAGUUUCGUAUGUCCAAAAAAACAACAACAACAAUAGUACAAAAACAAAAUAGGGAAACAAAAUCAGGCAAAGUGAUGCAGGGAAGCAAGAUGACUCACAUAUGAAGUGUAAAAUGAAUUGUUUUAACUAGCUGAACAGUGGAUCAGAGCAACAUGGAGGGCAUUUUCAAAAGCAGUAAAGACGCUGUUAUGUAGAAAUCACACGAUCCACUGUGUCAAAUGAUGCACCAACAUCAUAAGGACUUUCUGCAUCACAUAAAAGCUUGAACUUUAUGAAAACAGUUACUUUUCUGUGAGGUCAUUUCAAAGCCAGGCUGAAGUUUGGAAAUUCUGCAAAUGAGACCUUUUUACUAAGUAGUUACAGCCAAAAGCCGAAUCAUGUAGGGAAAAAAGCGCCUGAAGUUAAAGAGCUGCGACAAAAGGUACAACGCUUGAGGGCCGAAGUGGGGAGAGCUUUUCGAGGAAGUUAUGUUAGACUCUGUUAGACUUUAUGUUGAAAAAAAAGGCAGAAAGAUGGAAAAAAGAAGAGUACCAUCCCACAGUCUGAUCAGACUCUCUUGACAGAGGACAAUGUGUUAUUUUGCUGUGCAUUAUUAGAGAACAAAAGCAGUAUUAUCUUGUUUGUGCUUAUGUUGUCUUGCGUGCUUUUAUUCCUGUAACUUAACUCUGAUGUACUGUAUCUAACCCAUAUUCUUUUCCUGACCAAACCGGAUUGGUAGGUAAGUAGGUAGGCAGGCAUGGACUUUGUAUGGCUUCCUGUUCAGUCUCAGGUAUCAGUGUAGCCUUCCCCCGUUCAUGCACAACCUGCAAAUCAUGUUGUUCUGAGACAGCAGGUGUGACAAACUCACAGAGGGUAGUCCAGAGAUGUCUGCAGUCCUCUCUUACACCUGACUCUUCUCCUGAAGGGAAAACUUGCAGUGUCUUAGUGUGGUGCAGGUGUUACUUAAUUUGUCAACAAUGGCACGUAGAUGUGGCUGCCCUUGUUGCCCAUAUGACACCCCUAAAAUUCGUCUGUGGCCUCUAGAUGAGAGGGUGAAACUGUCUCCAGCUGAAGAGCUAUGGAGCACUCAAAGAGACCAGGCGGUCAAGCUGAGGAUGGAGAACGCGGGACCGGGUUCAGAGAACCCCAUCACCAUCCAUCAGAUGUUCAAGAAGACGGUGGACACAUUUGGGGAUCAUUCAGCCUUGGCUUUCAAAAAGGAUGGUCAGUGGGUGAUGGUGACAUGGAGGGAUUACUACGAGCAGUGCCGGGCAGCUGCAAAAAGUUUCCUCAAGGUAUGUUUGGAGUUUCUCUGCAUUUAUAGAGCAUAACUGUGUGAGAAAAAGAAGUAAAUGUUUGUCAUUUAUUUGGUGGACUGACUUUAUUACAGAAGAAUCUGAGCGAAAUGUUAAUUUUCAGGUUGAAGUGCUGGUCUGGAGCUGCAACAUGAGUCUGUUUGAAUCCAGUUUUGACUGCUGUACUGCAGUGUUUCUCUCUUUUUUUUUAAAUGCCAACCAAAGUCCUUCAAUUUUCCAGACUAAAAUCACUCAAAUUUGUGCAAUACAAGUGAAAUUGUGUCAAUCAGUCCUUAGACAGAGGCAAAGUCAAGUGAUUCAGAACUGUAAACAGGAAAUAUGUGACCAAGCUAAUCAUUUCUAACUUAUAUCAGUAUGUAAAGCAGUCCAACACACUUUAUUUACACUCUUUGGUCAAAUGAGGAGAAACUUUCUCAAAACCUUGAUGCUCACAGAUGAACCUUGAAGAUUCUGAUGCUCAGCCAAAAUGAUGUAAAGCAUCACUGGCUCAUGUUCUCUGCGUUUAUGUAAUAAUCGGUCGUGGAUCUUGAUCAUUUCCUCUAGUAUGCACAUGAACUUUAUUGCAGCAGUUACAGGUUACACGUAUCUUAUAAUUCCCAAUACCUGUUUUGAAAACAGUAUCUCAAUGUUUCCACCUCGGCUUCGGAAAAGUAACACUUGGGUGUGUGAAAUUCACAGCUUGUGUUACAUCUCCUGUUUCAUGGACAUGUCCGUGUAUCAUGAGGUAGAGUGGCUUUAAGGCGAGAUGUAGGUCAAGAGUAAUGGAGGCAGUGUGCUGCAGUGUCAUUAAAGAUACAUGCUUUUUGAAAACGCACAUCUUGUUUUCUUCUUGUAGCUUGGACUGAAGAGAUAUCACGGUGUGGGGAUUCUGGGAUUCAACUCCCCUGAGUGGUUCAUCGCAGACAUUGGCUGCAUUUUCGCCGGGUAAGACCAUAUACUAACUCAGGUAGCAGCAGAGUUUUCUGACACUGUGAAAAUGUCACAGUGAGCCCAAUCACUUUACUGAUGUCCUGAGACUUUUUAGCCUCUGUCUGUCAUAGGAGCUUUGAAUAGUCCUGCAUUUAAAGACCUGAUGUAGAUAAGACCACAUGCAGAUUUUACAUUCCCCCUUUUCUGUCACUGAGAUGUUGCAGCCUUGUUUCACCUGAUACUGACACACUUAUCUGCCCAUGCAUAUCUCACAGUCCAUCUCAGUGUCUCUACCCACACCUGUUGGGGCUGUCUCACGAAACUUGACGUUGCCUAUUCUUUACUGCUCAUUAAACUGUGCAUACAGCAAAAGCAGAGAGUCCAAAUAUCCAGGAAAAAAUUGGCAUUACAUUUGAAAGUCAUUUAAGAGAUUUAUAAAGGUUGAGCUUCAGAAUUACUUGUUUUAUUUUGUAGCUAUUGGGUUUCAUUGAAGUUUGAGGGGAUUUAUAUCAUCGUGUUUUUAUCAUUUUCUGUUUUCGCUUCUGACUUUUGCCAUAUAGUUUGUAAUCUAAGAGGAUUGUUAGUACUGCUUAUCUGCAGGGGUGAGUCCAGAGGGUUGGCCAUGGGUGGCACUGCCCCCCUCCCCCCAAAAUCUGAUUGGCCACCCCAAAAUGCAAAACAAUGAUUGCCUUUCUGCCUUAUCAGAGGUGGAACUUUUGUCAAAACCAACUUUUUGUGCUGCUUUGUUGGAGGCUGGCAGGACUUUUAUGCAUAUUUGAAUGUAGCACAUUUCCUUUUGUUACAACUGUACACAAUCAUUUUCUUUUUAAGCCUUUAAAGAACUGACAGAAGAACAUAUUGUGUUACUACCCUGUUUUGUUUCUUAUGAAAGGUCAAAAUUUACACAUAGGAAUAUGAUACUUGUGUGAUCCUUCAGUUAUACAUGGUAGAUAGUGAAGACAAAGAGGGGAAAAUGCCAUAGUGUUGUGUGUUUAUGCCACCCCUGCCUAUGUCACCGCCCUAGUCAGACUAUCCUCGUCAAAAAUGUGCAGACAUGUCUGCUUUUCAGGCCAGUAUGAGGCAAAUACCCAACUUCAAUCCAACGUUGAAGGUUUGAACCAGCUGGAUGAUACAAGUUCUUGACUUAGUAAGAACACUAUAUAUCUCUGGUUUCACCUCCCAAAUCCCAAGAGUAAUGUCCAUUUUGUCUGCACCGAGCUAAAGCACCAUUAUACCAACUGUACAUUCAGCAUAUGAAUUGGGAGUACUGGAGAUAAAUUAUACAAGAAAUUAUUUUUAAAUAUGCUUUAUUAUCCUGUUUUUGAUUUGUGCCACAGGGGUCUGGCAACUGGAAUUUACACCACCAACUCCCCUGAAGCUUGUCAGUAUGUAGCAGCCAGCAGUGAAGCCAACGUCCUGGUGGUGGAAAACCAGAAACAGCUCGACAAAAUCCUUAAGGUGAGGAGCUUUAUGGCAGCACUGGCCUUCAGUGUAUCAUUAUGUGCAAAGAUGGAAAAAAAUCAGACCUCAUAUGACUGAGUCCAUUCUGUGUCUCCUCACAGAUUAAAGAUCAGCUACCUCACCUGAAAGCCAUUGUCCAGUAUAAAGGAGAGCUGCAGCAGAAAUACCCUUUCCUUUAUACAGUACGUUCACUCACACUCUAUCCGAUCAUAGUUGUGACAUUGACUCUUCUAAUACAAUGUGAUUUCACUGUGACGUGAAGAUUGCCAUUUAAUACAUGUUACUGAUAAUUCAGACAAUUCAUUUUUUUUAACAUGAUCUUUCUUUCUGUAGUGGGAAGAGUUCAUGAAGCUGGGGGAGGAUGUGCCUGAAGAGACACUAGAUGAUAUGAUCAACAGUCUCAGGCCAAACGAGUGCUGUUCUCUCAUCUAUACCUCUGGAACAACUGGUAACCCGAAAGGAGUCAUGUUGAGCCACGAUAAUGUGAGUGUAAAAAUCUAUUUGAUAUGUAUUUAAUCGUCAAAGUUUGGCCCAUGUUACAUCUGUUAUAAAGGAGAUUGCAGGCUUUAUGUCUUGUAAUGUAGCCAGUUACAGAGGGAGCUCUCAAAGUUUUGGCCUCACUUAGGGGGAGCUGUUGUGCCAUCCAGAGGAAGUAUCACUGAUGUUUCAUUCAGAUUUUAUGCUCUGUGUCUUUGUCGGUUUUUGACAUCAACUUAGCAUUUCAACAACAGGUUUAGCUGAUUCCUUAUCGAGAGGCAUCAGACAGCUUAGAGUUCAUCAUAAGCUCUAUCUAACCAGCUGGUGAAUGCAGAACCUUGAUUUUAGAUGAGGGAUGACGGAAAGAUUUCUGAGCAGCAUUUUUGAAAUAACUUUAACAACGUACAUGUUUGUGGCACAGUUACUGACUGAACUCUGGGAGGUCAGCACAAACCAUAUGCAGUUUUUCUUUUUUUCAACUUAUCCGGUUUAUAUGGAAAGAGAUAGUACCGAUGAACACUCAACUGCACAACUACAGUCCCACUCUUGUCUAAUGUCAAAAUCUCUUUGUUCCUUUAAUUUUCUGCAUUUGUUAGACACAUGGAAGUUCGUGCAGCUGUGCAUGUGUGUGGUGGCUUGUAUGAGCAGUUUUGUUUUUCAAGACUAGUUUAAAAACUCAAGAAGUAUUUGACUAAAAAAAAUUCUCUGUUUUCUCAUUUUUCACUUUUUACUGUGUAGCUGACAUGGACGUGCAAUGCUGCAGCUCUCACAUUCGAUAUUAACUACGCUGAAGAGGUUAUGAUUAGUUACCUGCCGCUCAGCCAUGUGGCCGCCCAGGUUAUUGACAUGUGGUUGGCUAUCAGCUACGCCACGACUACCUACUUUGCCGAUCCUGAUGCCCUCAAGGUACGGAUGUUUCUGUUCUACAAACAUGGAAUUAGUCACAAAGUUUACUUUCACUUAACCAUCUAUAUUCAUGUUUUCAGGGCUCUUUGGUAAACACAAUGAAAGAGGCUCGUCCAACUUGUUUCCUCGGGGUUCCACGUGUCUGGGAGAAGAUGGAGGAGAAAAUGAAAGCUGUGGGAGCAAAGGCAUCGCCACUGAGGAGGAGUGUGGCGAGCUGGGCCAAAUCCAUAGGCCUGCAGUACAACUACAGUGUCAUGAAUGGGUGAGACUCUUUAGAUGAUGAUGCUUUUGAAGAAACAUGAGAUAGAGAAAUCCCUUUAGUAUACCAGCAGCAAUCUGUUCAAGGCUGUUGAUGAGCUGUUUGCACACUUCCCUACUUUCAGACAUCACCGAAGUGUGCAGAUUAAGUCCUGUUGACUUAACUGGCCUCUUCAAAUAUCACUCUGUCAUCUCUGACUCUGUCAUCUCCAUGUAUAGUUUAUUAUCCUCAGACAGUCGAUUUGGAGAAAUUCAGAGAAAACUCCAAUUCGAGUGACUGGAUCACUUUAAGGCUGUGCAGCCUGAGACGACAUAUCCUCAGAAACUGGCUGACUUCUGACCUCAAUCUUACCCAAAAUACCACCUACAAAAGCACCAGAGUUGUGUUUUAAAGUGAAGAUUACAAAGGUUGAUCUUCAAAAAUCAUUCAUAAUUUAUUCGAGUGAGUGAACAAGCAGCUUUACAGCUAAAGUGCCUUUUUCUAACAUGCUGAUGUCAUCACAGUAAAGCUCCAGUGAGGAUCCUUGAUCUUGGCGUCUCCUUGAAAUGAUGGUGCUUUCAUCCUGUCAUACUCAUAGUUUAGUUUAUUUUGGUCAUCUGUUCAUGUAAACAGUUAUAUUACAUACAUAAUACAUGGGAGUUAGAAAUAAUAAAUACUGUUAAUUACUUGGUUUGACCAAAAAGGGGAAAAGGAUGAAGCUUCAGCUUAUUGUGCCUACCCCUUCCACAUACAGAGUUUUCAUGACAUUUUUAUACAUGUUUUUCUUCUAUACAGAGAAAAAAUUUAAAAUAAACAAAUACAUAGUUAACAAGAACAAAAUACUUUUCAAAACCCAUCAAGGGAUACAGACACCCUCUAAAGUUUUUCAGGUGUGUCUAAAAUGAUUCUUCAACUUCCUUGUACUUUAUAAUCAUCAUGUUUUAAACGCUUUGUUAAACAUGUAGAUUGAACUGCACUUCCUCAAUUCCUUAUCGCAGCAUGUACUUAUGUGUGUUUUAUUUUGUAACAGAAAAACACUUAAAUGUUGGACUCACAUUAAAUGUUUGCCAUGUAAAAUUUGAUUAAAGGCUUUUUAUCUCUGAGACCAACAUCUGCCCCCAGCUAGAGUCUCGGACAUUAAAAAUGAUUAUGUAGAACAGAGAGUUAAUCUGUUUGUGGAUGGUCCUGUUUCAGUUAUUAGUUCAUAUAAAGACUUAAGUACUGAUUUCAGCCCGUUUUAUUACCAGCUCAAAGUGUAGACUGUGGAGUUUAGACUGUAUAAAACAUAGGUGUAGUUUCAGGGAUGUCACUCACAGGUUUCUACAGUGUAUGUAACUGAAUGGAAAUUGUCUUUUUGUCUUUUUAGCAGGCUGUUUCUUUCAUAUUUAACAUGACACUUUGCUCUGUGAAGUGUUUUUGUUAAAAGUAGUACCAGGCGGAAGAAAGUACUUAUUUCUAUAAACUGAUCAUAAUCUUUUCUUUUACAGGGAGAGCCAGGUGCCAUGGGGCUUCACGCUGGCUAAUAAUCUGGUCUUUAAAAAGGUGCGUGCUGCGCUGGGCUUGGACCGCUGCAAGCUCUGCAUCACAGGCGCCGCACCCAUCACCAAAGAAACCUUGGAUUUCUUCAUGAGCCUGAACAUCCCUGUGUUAGAGCUUUACGGCAUGAGUGAAUGCAGCGGCCCCCAGACCCUCUCCUUAAAUGACCAGUACCGCAUCACAAGGUCAGAAGCAAAGCAUAAUGAAAAUAGAUGAAAAAUACUACUUUUAUUUUCGUUAUGAUAGUAUAUCUAAAGAUGUCUAAACAACCUGAAGUAGGAGUGCAGAGGAGGUUUUGCUCAGAACCAGGUCACAUCUGGUCUCAGUGAUCAUGCUGUUUGAUUAUUUUCCCUCUUCAGCUGUGGGAAGGUGAUGCCAGGCUGCAAAACAAAGCUGGAGAACCCAGAUGAGGACGGAAAUGGAGAGAUCUGUUUCUGGGGUCGACACGUCUUCAUGGGCUACCUGAACAUGCCCGACAAAACAGCAGAGGCAAUUGACCCGGACGGCUGGCUGCACUCUGGAGAUCUGGGAAGACACGACUCACUUGACUUCCUGUACAUCACAGGACGGAUCAAGGGUGAGCUGGUGUUAAAAGUCCACCCAAAUGUUUUUUCAGGGGGGAAAAUUUACCCAAAACAAGCUCAGUCCUCUCAGUAUUUUUCAUAACUUCAUUUGUACUUUCACAAAACAAAAUCAUGCGACUGCCCUCUAAUAUUUUAAAUUUUUGUCUUUUAUUGAUGCACAGAGCUGAUCAUCACAGCUGGCGGUGAAAACAUCCCCCCUGUGCCCAUCGAGAAUGCCCUGAAGGCUGAGGUGCCCAUCAUCAGCAACAUCAUGCUGCUGGGGGACAAGCUCAAGUUCCUCUCCAUGCUGAUCACCCUCAAAGUGAGUCAAUCUCCAGUCCUGCAGACAGCCACAGCCACCAAGUAAAUCCAACAAACACUUGAUUCUUGAUGUUAUUUUCCACAGUGUGUCGUGGAUGAAAACGGAGAGCCCACAGACGAGCUGAGCCCUGAGGUUUUAGACUUUUGCAAACAGAACAGCGUCACAGCCACCAAGGUGUCAGAGAUCAUCGCCAAGAAGGAGCCAGCUAUCUACACGGCCAUUCAGGAGGGUGUCGAGCGUGUCAACGCCAGAGCAACAUCCAACGCGCAGCGGGUCCAGAAGUGGGUCAUACUGGAGCGAGAUUUCUCCAUCUCUGGAGGAGAACUGGGUGAGUAACAAGCGUGAGGUCAUUGACUUUAGCUUUUUCAGUUUUAUACCUCAUUAAUUUCCACUCCUCUAUGUUUUGGAGAUAAUCUGGAUGUUUUUAAGGACAUAAAAACUUGAAAAUGUAUAAAACUGUCCUUUACCACCUGCAGCAAUAGUACACCAGUAUUCGUGACUUCAUAACUUCAUCUAUUUCACUCUAAAAAGAGCCAUUAGCAUUAGGUUACUGUCCACUUCUUACACUAUAUUACACUAGAAAUUAGCAGUAUAUGCUAAACAAUGCUGAACAUUGAUUUAUUCCCACAGUUAAGUUUUUGUGUGUUUUAUAAUUUAGAUUCAUUUCCGUAGUUCAGCAAUGACAGAAGACAAGUUAAAUAAUAUUUACACAUUUCCCCAGCUGCUUUCAUAAAUCAUUAUUUGGCAUUGUAAGUGGAGCAAAGGUUAUUUCAUGGCACUACGAUUGAAGCAGGAGGAAGUAUUCACUUCUACUAUCACUUUUCAACACACUGUAAAGUAAACACCUUUUAAUCUGGGUCAUGUCAUCAUCAUCAGCUGCAGACCAGUCAGUCACAUACCAGACCACAUUCCUGUCUGAUUGAAUCGCUGUUUCUGAAAUUCUUCUAAAGCUACACUGGAUCAAACUUUUUCAGAUUUUUUUGUUUUACAUUAAAUUAAAACUUCCUUUUCCAUUUUUUUUUCAUUUAUGCAGGACCCACGAUGAAACUGAGGAGGCCCAUUGUUGUGAAGAUGUACCAGGAGAAAAUAGACGAAAUUUACCAGGUGGCAAAACAGUAG